UCGGUGUAGGGUCUUGUACGGAUUGUAGGAGUGAUUUAAACAACUAUCUUAGGUGUCUAUGGGUAGUGCAAGCUUAGAACUAGUUGGUGGUAAGGCAGCGGCGGAAGAUAUUAAGGCCGCAACGGCUACACAUAGUAAGGGCAACGGCAACAACAAUAAUAACAGCAGUACUAUCAAGGAGAAGUGCGGGCCAGACUUCAUGGUCAGCUCAUUAGCUCCUUUCGUCGUAGCCGUUGCUACUAUUACUAUUAUUAUAACUGUUAAGGAUUUUAGUGUCCGAAUAGUGUUAGAAAUUGCCACAACUAAUCAGUAGAAGGUGAGCGAUAAUUCAAGAUUAACCGCAAUUGUCGAGUACGCAUGUGACCAUUAUCUUGGAGGAUGUAAUCUUGGUCGAAGUUCUCGGGCAGAAAAUCUGCAAAGGGCGAAAAACCCGCUACAACUGCUUGGCAUCUUAAAACAUCGGCGCCUCGAGCCCCUGCUGUACUUUUUGUCAACUGGCUUAGCCGGCGGUAUGGAGGCACUUGUUGCCGUGAACGGUAAAGAGGAUAUUAAGCAAACAAAUUCCAACACCUGCAGCAAUGAAAAAGCUCAGCAUCAACCGUCGCAGCAAAGCACUCCAACAACCCAGCAGCGAGUUAGCGGACGUCACAUCAAACGACCCCGAAAAGACGGCGAUACAAGCAGUCCUAAGGUAUUUGCGGGUCGACGAUUACAGCAAGAUAUUGCAGCAUCCAGCCCUAAAUCAUCCAAUCCAGAACGAACCAGGCGGUCAUGGGAUCUAUGGACCCCGGAAUCAAAGGACUGGUUCUUCGAUGCCCUCUGCGAGUUCGGCAAAGAUUUUGAUGCCAUUUACAACAGCAUGGCUGCAAAAAGCCGCAAAAGCAAGACACAGCAGGGAGAGAUGACGUUUAAAAAUAAAGAUCAGGUGCGAUAUUUCUACUAUCGAACGUGGCACAAGGUGUCGAAGGCGUUAGGUGACCUUGGUGACAUGAAGAAAAGUGUACAAGAGCUUUACGGCCUCAUCAACUACUCGGAAAUGCGCAAGAAAAUCGGUUUUAAGGCACUCAAUCCUACGAAUGCACCACGAUUGCUCGAGCUAGUUAUAACCGGACAAACCAUAAUUAAAGUGAAGGGCAAAAACUUUCGCGUUAAGACUCCGGUGUGUCGAGCACUUCGCUUGAUUAACAACGUUCCAGAUAAGGGCUGGGAGGGACCGAAAAUUCCACCACAGAUUACAAUCGAGCUACGGCCAAUUGAUAAUGCAGCGUGGACGCACGUUCAGUCAUUGGCGCAAAAUCCACGUGUACGAGUUACAUGCCUUCCCCAACGAAAAGUUGCGUCUAUUGUCGAGUUAAUGGAAGGACGAUGGCAGCCAGGCCAUAUGAAAAAAAAGAACUCACUUCUAGCGGCAUUGGAGGGACUGGAGACACCGCAAGAACUGAAGAAUUCGAUAUUUCAAUUUGCAGCCCCACAAAAAUUGCGUCUUCGAGUAUUUCCCAAUCAGCAACCAAAAGCCAUCGAAUUUUUACUUGCUGAUACAUACUGUAGCACGGAUGUGUGUCUCAAUUCAUAUCGGAUCAGGUUUGCUAAACGGGACGAAGGGUCCACUGUCAAAUCUGCGACUGGUGUGACAGCUACAGUUGACCCAAAAAUGCCCGAGAUGAGAUCCGACAGUCACUCAGUCGAGACAUCAGGAUCGAAUGACAGCCACAAGGCUCCUAUAGAAGGCAAAGACGAAAAGGCUAUUCCCGCUGGAAAUACGAACGCUGGCACAAGUAUGAAUACAAGUAACAAACAAACGACAAACUGUGAUAACAACUUUAAUCCACACCUUAUAACUACUACUCAUUUAAACAGCGGAAAAAAAGACGUAAGGGAAAGAAAGCUUAGUUUGUUCAGUGGUCCGGAACGAACCACGGAUCGAUCGGUGUCAGCAUUGGUCAAUGAGGAGGCUAACGACGGUUUAGCCUCAAAUCUCGUGUGCGCAACAACAACAAACCAUUCUAUUCCUGCCAAUGAUGAUAAGGUAAAAGUGGAUAAGGACGGCCCUGUUGGUGAGGGCUGGACAGCAGAUUCAUUAUCGGUGCUGACUGUCGGCGACCUCUAUUUGAGACUCGGUUGUCCCACAAGCAUUAUACUCUACUACAAGUUUGAAGGCGCCGAUUUCCCCGCACCUGAGAACCGAAUCCGGAAUGUAAUGGACAAGCUCAUUACUGUUCUACUGGCGAGUUUCUGUGAUAAGAAAUCAACACUAGCACAACCUAAGCCUCAAGCGGCAGCAGUAACAGCCCCUAAAUUGAAGCCCCAUCCACCGGCAGCGGUUGCCACGGGGCCCACCGUCUCUCCAUUACCACCGAAGCCAAAAAGGGAGAGACUUUUGGAGAGAGCGGCACGAGAUUUGCCAAAUGAAUUCGCCGUACCACAGGGUCACGCGCCUCGAGCCUUUAAGAAAAACUCGAUUACACUCGAUUCUAUACGCGUUGAACUUCCCUCGGGCAACAAACGUCAACGUGCCCGCCGUAAGCCUAUUCAAGCUAUGGUAUUGCAACGGCCGCUUCUGCCACGUACUAGUCCUGUCGUACAAGGAACUGUUACACCUGGUGUAGGCGGAGCGCCUCAAAGCGUCCCGUCAGGUGUCGUUGUUCGAAACAUUCUUCCCGCAGCGCCGGUGCCGUCGGAGAUGGAAACGUCUCUUGACAAAAUCAUAUCUACGUCGAUUGUAGGUGAGAUUUCUUUGGAGAGAAUAAUUGCAUCAACUAUCACUUCGGACCAGCCUAGUCCACUGCCUGACAUUGUACCGGAUGUGCCCGUACCAAGUACAGGGAGUGAGAAUAUUCAGUUGAAUCACAGUUUGCAAAUACCUGACGCUGCUGGAUCAGAUCUCCGUUUAUCCAUUCCCUCUUUGUCAUCCGACACACUCGAAACACCGAAGAAAGCUCCAUUCAAUUUGAACGAACUAGACCAAGGACCUUCGAUGUCUCUUGACUUCUCUCCAUUGCUGUCUACACCGAACAAACAAUGGUUCAAUGGAGAGGGAUCGAAUUUGUCGCUAGGCUCGCUACUAAACAGUUUCGAGUCGCCUCUUAAGGCUACACCUCUACCUACGGGCCCUCCGGACUCAAAUUCUAAUCUAGAGUCUCGUCUCCCGGAUGUGGAGAGCCACCUUCAGUCCCUAAUGAACGAGUCGAGUUUAGACUAUGCAUCCAAAUUCGCCGACUUAGCUGCUCAGAUCGCACGACAAACGACAGCAGGGACGGGAACUUCGGCUGAUAGUUGAGACUUUUGCGUCAACAGUUACGGAACGCAGCUGUGUUAAAAGGCUAUCACGUUCUGAACACCAUAGAAACAACCAAACCUGUGGAGUGCUUAGGCACGAGUUCAGCCUUUGAUUCUCAAUUAAGACACUCAUGCGUUGAGAUAAGCGUAAGGGCUUUGUUCAACAUCGCCACUUACUAACAGCCCUUGAAUUAAUAUCGUACGUGUAACUAGCAAUUGGUGAUAAUACUAAAUAAUUGGUGUCAGUCAUUAAAGCUUCAUUUCAUAGUUACGUGGCCACUGGUUUAGACAAGAAUUCAGCAAAAAAAAAAGCACCGAGACAACGCUGCUUUAGCUAAAACUCAGGAAUGUAUAACGACUACGUCGUUCAAAUAUGAAUAUAACAGGUUACCCAAAGUUUUGCUUUCGAUUUCUUUUGACUUUUUUUCUGUAUAAUACGGAAAAUGUACAAACUUUUUAUGAGUAUCUACGGCCUCAGUGAGGAUACGUGCGCAAGCUAAUUAUAUAUAUAUAUAGUUCUGUACAUAACGAAAAUAUACAUAAAUUGAGAUUGUUGUAGCUUACAAAGCUGCAGAAAAAUGACGGUGAAAACAUAAAACAAAUACGAAAUUUGUAUACGUACAAAUAAAGUUUUACAUACAUGCAGGUAAAUAUGUAUUAUUAUGCUA